AACACAAUUUGACAUAUUAUAAGCUCAGCUCAAGCUAUACAUAGCAACAGCAACUUAUUUCAAGUUUAAAAAUGAGAAUGUUAAUAAAGAAAGUGGCUUCGGCCUCGAAUCUAUCGUUCAUUCGGUUAAACGCAAUAAGAUUGAGCUCCAGCGAUGCAAAAGCCAAGUCUCAAGAAAAAGAAAGUCCUAAGCCGGAGCUAGAGGAAGCAGCGGUGAAAAAAAAUAUUGUAGUUGAAAAGUAUGGUGGUAUAGUGACUCUGAACAUAGACCGUCAGACGAGUCGUAACAGCCUGGACGAGCCCACAUUGCGGGAGAUGGCUGCAGCGAUAGAUGCGUUUGACAAGGAUGCCGACGCUAAGGUGCUGGUGUUCAAUGGAGAGGGUGGCUCGUUCUGCUCCGGGUUUGAUAUGGACGAGAUGGACGAGAAGGGAUAUUAUGUGCUGAAAGAUGCUGCUUCUCGUCUGCUGCGGCGCCCUCUAUGCGACAAGCCAACAAUAGCGGCCGUUACCGGCUUCGCUGUGGCUGAAGGCUUCGAACUGGCGCUAGCUUGUGACCUGCGCGUCAUAGAGGACACGGCUGUCAUGGGGUUCCUCGGCCGUAGGUUCGGAGUACCCUCAACACUGUACGGCGGCCGGAGACUUACUUCUCUCAUUGGCCUCUCGCAAGCACUGGACUUGCUCAUGACCGGGAGACUCAUAUCCGGGACGGAAGCCAACCAGAAAGGCCUAGCUGCUAAACUCACCGCUACUGGCACAGCCCUAGGAGAAUCAAUAAAACUAGCCAAGUCCAUAGCGAAGUUCCCCCAAAACGCGCUCAUGAUGGACAAGCUGGCUGCGGUCAACUCCCAGCUAAAUCCGAACAGUGAGGAGUCUAUGCGGGACGAGGCGGUCAUGCAGAGUCUACUGGGCGCUGCUCUGGAAGACUUGAAGGAGGGCGUCAAGAAAUUCCAAGAUGGAGUCGGCAAGCACGGGAAGUUCCACAGGCUGACAGAAGUGCCCGUAGAGGAUUGGGAGUUAGAGAACACGGCCGAAGAAACUGUGGUCACGCACGACGAUAAGAAGAAAUGAACCUUACGCUGCUAGUGUUAAGGUCUGUUAUGCGUUACGAGGAUGGUUAAUCUGGAUGAUGUUAAGCAAUAAUGUGUCAGCUAUAUUAAUUUUGCAAUAAGAUGUCAAACCGAAAAAUUUGAAUCUUAUUGCAAAAAUGUAUUUUGUUAAAAAAAUCGUUUUUGAUACAAGCUUUUAUUGCUGACUGUACUUUUCAACAGGCAACUAGUACUCAUCGAGACAAUUCUGACAAUCCCAAACACAAUUAGGUUGCGUUGUUUUAUCAGAGUUCGUAUGGCCACCUCCUGUCUCCGUCAUCAGAUCAGCUCGAUGGUACCAUAAUAUUGUAUUAUCAUCCAAUUUACAUAUGUAUGAAAAUUUUCAGGUUCAUCGGAAACCUGGUCAAAUUUAACUUGCAUGAUUUGUACAAACAUACAUAUAUAUACAUUGCAAGUUAAAUAAAGAUUCAAAUAAUAGGGAAUAUUACGUGGAAAUCUGCGUAGGGGGCGCCACUCCCACAAUCCAUUACACGCAGGGUCUACCGCGAAACAAGAAAAUCGAAAUUUCGUUAUUUAACCUCUCCAUCACUCUUGCAUAUUCGAGCGAUAAAGAGGCAGAUAACUAAAUUUCGAUUGUCGCGUUUCCUGGUAGGUCCUUUGUAAACAAACCGCCUUGUUGCAUCACUGUCAUAUUUUAUUAUCUGUGAAAACUUUUCAGUAUGUGUAAGUUCCUCUAUGGUUUACGAUAGGGCUAGUGGUGCACUCUGGCGGCAGAACAUUGCAGUAAUACUCCCUAAUAAUGUGCGUUGACACAUUUUUGUUAAACACCAUCCAUCUAUUCAUCUUUACCGGCGAUUUCGUCUUUGUAUUAAGCAUUAAAUAAUUUCAAUCCCAUAUGAGAUGGGAUGCUGCUGCAUAGGAGAUGGUCUUGAAAUCUUCUGCGUGUCCUCACUAAAUACCCAGGACACGCAGAAGAUUUCGAGACCAUCUCCUAUGCAGCAGCUGCCUAUCUGAAGCGGGCAAAAAUUUAAAAACACUAACUGAUCUGUAUUUAUAAUUUCUAUUAAUUUUGACCAUUUAUUGAUCCAGUGAUGUAAAAUAUGCCAUAUGAUAAAUAAAAAUCCCAUAUUCACUCUCUUAGGGAUUGAAUUUCCAAAAACCGGCCAAGUGCGAGUUUUGAUAAGAAAACUGAUAUAUGGAGUGAGCACUCUAUGCUUAUUUAUCUAUACGAAUCAUUUUUUACUGUAUGUUUUUGUUAAGUAUUAUGUAGCAUAGUAUUCUAGUCCUGUUUAACAAAUAUGAAAUUCAAUGUUUCUUCUAAACGUAUCCCGUUUAAUAAAUAGCACAAAAACUUGUUAACUACUAUAUGUAUUAUAGAAUAAUAAGAAUUUUGUUAAGAUUUAAAUUAUUUCGAUAAUAAAUAACGAUAAAUAAUCAUUUACGCUCAAAACAAUUCCAACAAACCUAAAGAUCAAUUAAUAAAAUAAUAUUUGGUAACCUUUUGUUUAUUAUUUGUUCUGCAUUAUACUAUUAAUAACUUUAAAUAUAUUAAACAAGCUCGACUAAAAUAGGCAUAUCUAAAGAAAUAUUGUAUUGCCGGCGCGCUUCGCUAUUAUAUCGCUUUAAACGACGUUAUGACGAUAUAUAUUCAAAAUGUUUGAGAAAAAUCUAAAGCGAAGCGCGCCGGCAAUGAGUUCUAGUACAACAUUGGCGGCGCGCAUCUAGCAUCGCGUUAGUAUUAUUGGCUUUUAGUUGUAUUUCCACGCAUUUUUUGAACAACGAUAUACAUAUUUUGUCCGGGAUAGGACUUGCCGGCCUUGUGUUCAUAAAAUGGUCUCGCUUGUGGCGUCACACUCGGCUGACAAGUCCCAGUUUUCCCUUUGUUCGUGCCAUCCACGAUGACGCGCAGAUUUAUCAAAUCUAACCUUUAAUACAUGACAAUACGAGUCAAGGCGCGCAUCGUCGUGAAUGACACGAUCUAUAGUGAUGUACUAUUCGUUUGGUUUCGCACAAAAAGUAAUUGAUUGUAUUUAACAUAAUGAAAUAGCUGUACUACUAACGCCAUCUAUUGGCAAUGUUGAUUUAACCAAAGAAUUUGGUUUUAAUUAAAACAGUAUUAAACCAUG